AUGGAGAAAGAGCACAUCUGCAAGUUUUGCAGCAAGAGCUUCCCAUGUGGGAGAUCACUUGGAGGCCACAUGAGGUCCCAUCUGAUCAACAACACUCCACCACUAGGCCAUCAUCCCGAGACACGGCCUCUGAAGAAGAAACUCCCACCUCUCACCAUGGCUUGCAAGGAAUGUGGCAAGACCUUCCCAUCAUGGAAGGCCUUGUUUGGCCACAUGAAAUGGCACUCUCCGAACAACGGAGGAGUUCUUGUCAUGGACAGCCAAUCGGACAACGAGGCAGGGACCACGCCUCCGUGCAAGAGGAAGAGAUCGGACAGGACCAUCACUACAAGGUACAACAACAACACAUCCAUCACAAACUCUUCCUCUUCCCUCACCAUAGCAACAACAACAACUGAGAUCAACGAUGAUGAUCAACACAACGAGCAAGAGGAGGUGGCCUUGAGCUUGAUCAUCCUCUCAAGGGACAAGAGCUACUGGGGAGACAUUGAAGGCAAGAAUUCUAAACUCGACCCGAAAAGUAUUGGUGUAGAAAGCUUGCAGAAGCUCAAGCCUCCAAGAGUCGAGACCAAGACAAGAAAACUCGAAUCACUAAACAACGAAACUGAGGUUCGAUUUGAUGAGUUUGAAGUGAACUCUCCCAAGAAGUUGAUCAAGAGAAGGCAUCAUGAUCAGUUUGGGAGAGAGAGAGAGGCAUCAAGAGAGGGAAACAGCAACAGCAAGUUUAGAUGCUCAAUCUGCAAGAAGGAUUUUCGAUCAUACCAAGCAUUAGGCGGGCACAGGGCGAGCCACAAGAAGUUCAAAGGCUGCUGCGCUCCGAGAAGCAGCCUAGAAACAGAGGAUUCACAUAGCCAGAAAAGCAAAGAGCACGAGUGCCCGGUUUGCUUCAAAGUUUUCCCAUCGGGCCAAGCUCUAGGCGGCCACAAGAAGUCCCACUUGAUCGCGGAUCAAGCCAAGGCAUCUCCGCCUCAUCAGACAGCCGACAGAGCCUCUCUUGAUCUCAACUUGCCUGCUCCUACUGAGGAGGAGGAAUGUGGUGAGUUCGAGCCGUGGUGGAUUGGGGGCGCCUCCCGCAUCGGCCUACUCUCCACUUCAUGA